AUGUUCCCCAAGAAUAAAACGAACAAACGUGAAAGCUCAGGAACAUUCCACGCAUCCAGUCAAUCUCAGCCAAAGAAUGAAGAUAAGAAAACGGCAGGAACCAAAGCCAAGGAAAAUGCCGUUGUCGAGCACAGAGUUCAAGAGAAGCCGGAUCUUAUCAUCAGGUCAAUGCUAGAAUCGCCAGAUACGCAACGAACUCUGUCUCGCGAUGACACAGAGCUCACAACGGUGACUUCAAACCACCCAAGUCUCGGUACCGGAACAGUACAUACACCCGGAGACUCACCCGUGACUGAGGCAGAAGACGAGGACAUGGCGCAGACUGGGGGAUUAGGCGAUCUCAUCUUUGACAACAUGAAGGACAGUAAACUCACCAGCGGACAGUUUCUACCUGAGGGUCUCUUGGACAGGUUUCUCACAGAGAAGUCUGUUCGGCGCGAACUCACCAAAAACAACAUUUCACCGGAUGACGUCGACGACUUGGUUGCUUUCGCUGUCCAUCGUGCACCGAAGAUUUUCGCAACUUUGCUCCAGGCCGAUUACCAGGGUGACAGGCUUCUAACAGCUAUGCAAUACUUCCGAAAAUAUGCAAUUGGUGACGAGUUCUUACCGAUCACCGAAGAAAACAGGAGCAGGGUCCCUUUCCUCGUCAACCAGGAAUGGCUGUGGACUAAGCGCGCAGAGAAAAUAUUCUGUGAGAAACAAUGGGCCUUUCGCGCUGCUGAACUACCGCCACGCUCAGCAGAUGAGAUGAUUCUCAAAUUAGAUGCCAACGCCAUUCUCCCCUUCGUCAAGGCCGAGAGAUCCGAUUCAGGCGCCUUUGGGGAUGUGUACAGGGUUCUACCGAGCGAAUCAAACAUCCGUCUCGCAAAGCUCAAGGGUCGCGAGAUGGCUGUUAAAUAUCUGAAAGACCAAUAUCCCAAAGGCGACAGAGCAAGACUGAAACAGUAUGACGACUGGACCAGGGAAGUGGAAACUCAUCACAAGAUUAAACACCUUGGCCACCCUCACAUUGUGGAAUUCAUCGCCGCUAUUGAAAGGGGCGAGGAGCGCUACCUUGUCUUCCUGUGGGCGGACCAAGGAAACCUGCUGUCGUUCUGGACGAAUCAUCCAUCGCCGCGAAUCUCGGUGACUCUCGUCGAGGCUGUUGUUCGACAAAUUCAAGGGCUUUCCGAGGCACUCGACAAGUUGCACAAUUACAACAAAGAACCCGGUGCUGGUGCUGAGAGCUCAGUCCGACAUGGUGAUCUGAAGCCGGAAAAUAUUCUCUCUCAGUCUACGCAAGGUCGACAACCAUCAGCACAUGAGCCUGACAUUGGCACUUUGAUGAUCGCUGAUCUCGGGUUGGCCAAACUUCAUGCCGUGGGGACCAAUGUCCGGGACAGAACGAGCACACGAGCAACAACAUGGCGGUACCAGCCACCCGAGGUUGAAACGCUGAAGCAGAAAGGGCGGUCAAGACGGUACGACAUCUGGUCCAUGGGAUGUGUGAUCCUGGAGUUUGUCAUUUGGCUCCGGUACGGCAAUGAAGCACUAAGGGUAUUCAACGCCAACAUUGUUCGGGUAACAAGGCCCGGGGUUGUGAUCAACAUUGAAAAUGGUACCGAAUCUCCUUGGUUCGAAGUACUCCAUGACCAUGACCAAACACAAAAAGCCCAAUUGCACCCCAUUGUCGAGCAGACAAUGAAUUUCAUGUUGGAGAAUGAUCCGGAAUUCAAAGGUGACACGGCUUUACGUGACAUCUUCCACCUCGUCAGAGACAGGCUCUUGGUGGUCGAACUUGGGCAGAGCAACAGUCAAGAGAGGACCGGCGCUGGUACUGGCUCCAACAGUCCAACCACAAGCAUGACCAGUAUCCAAUCUACUAGUCAUGUGGAAGGUGGAACACCGUUCGCUCAAACUUCUUGGAACGAACAAGUCAUUGACCCUCCCGAAAAGGACCUACCCGUUCCCGGGAUCUCGAUUGUCAUUGAUGGGGUUGAGGAGCUAAGAAUGCUAAGAUCGGAGCAACCGUACAGCCAGAGCUCUCACAACACGCGAGCAAAAUCUGAAGAGCUUAAUGCCACGCUACUGGAGAUCCUGGAGAAAGGUAGGAACAAUAGGGGGUACUGGUAUAGCGGAACGCCUGAUGUAAUGCUUGACAUGAACAAGAUCAGAGAAGCGGCGGGUAUCAGCAGCCCCUCAGGGUUCCUCUCGCCUGAUGCAGCAAGGAAUGCGGGAGGCAGAGGAUUGGCCGCACAGUCUGCUCAAGCUAGAGAGGUAUGUUGA